AUUGAAAGAAAAUGCCAGGGUUGAUUCUCCCCUCCCUCUGUUUGCAGAGGAGGCUCCGCCCUUCAAAGGGUUAAAGGCAGACGAGACACUGCCUAGAGAGGACGGAAGUCGGUGGAGGAAAAGUGUGAAACAGGCUUCCUACCGGAAGAUUCAAUUGCUGGCCUGCUGCCAAUCAAAGGGGCUUUGCUCUCCCUGAAUCUGUCUUGGGGGGGGGUUUCCUCUUUUGGGGACUAGAUGACCUCCCAUCCCUGCCGUGUCCCUUUGCAAUGAAGGGAGCUGCAGGGGAGCAGCAAGAGGCAGGACUGAUGUUUAGGGAGAGAUGCCAGAAAGCAGGAGAAGAAGCCCUGGAUGGAAAUUGAUCCAAGAGAGAAGCAACCUGGAAUUAAGGAGAAACUUCCUAACAGUGAAGACAAUUAACCAGUGGAACAGCUUGCCACCAGACGUUGUGGUUGCUCCAACACUGGAGGUUUUCAAGAAGAGAUUGGACAACCAAUUUCAUCCCUGGAGAGGUUUCUUUAAAAAAAAAGUCUGGAACAGCCACCUAUCUAAAAUGGUAUAAGGUCUCCUGCUUGAGCAGAGGGUUGGACUAGAAGAUCUCCAAGGCCCCUUCCAACUCUAUUCUGAUCGAUCGAUUGAACCAUUUGCCUGGAAUGGUACAGUGUUACUAAUAAAGGAGAAUAUUUGUAGCUCCGGGUUUGACAUGAGGGGCGGGGGGUCCUCGGUGCUCUCUGAGCUUGCUUGAUUUCUUGCAGACAUUUUAUUACCCAACUAGGUAACAUCAUCAGUGCUAGGAGGGAGUGGAGUUUGCUCUCAGUUUCUAUUCCGGUGGCUUGCCCUGCCUGUGUUGGUGGGGGGGCCAUCUUAGAGGUUCUUUGGUUGGGUCCUGUACUGUUGGCUCUUUGGCAGUUUCUUGACCGGGGUAUUGCUUACUUGAUAGUUGAUCUGAAGUUAACCUUGGAGUUAAUCUAUGCUGGUCUGGAUGCUGAUUGCUGGUGAAGAGGUGCUGGAGUCUUUUUGUUCUUGGCUGGGUAAUGGUAUAGUGUAGUGUCUCCUGCUUGAUCAGGGGGUUGGACUAGAAGACCUCCGGGGUCCCUUCCAACUAUAAUGAUGAUGAUGAUUAAACAGAGUGAAGACAAUCAAAGAAGUCCCCCAUUUUCUGGAAGGGUCACUGACUGACCUCUUGUGUUCACACACACACACACACACACACAGAGUGUGUGAGAGAGAGAGAGAGAGCCUGAGUGGCGUAGGAGGCUAAUGCCUCCUACUAAGGCAGCAUUUAACAUCCAGCUGCCUGCAAUUACUGCGAGUUCAAUUCUCACCAAGUUCAAGAUCGACUCAGCCCUUCAUCCUUUCUAAGGUGGGUAAAAUGAGGACCCGGUUUGUGGGGGCAAUAAGCUGACUUUGUAUAAAAUAUACAAAAGUAUGAAGGCUAUUGCUUAACACAUUGUAAGCUGCCCUGAGUCUCCGGAGAAGGGCGGCAUAUAAAAAUAAAUAAAAAUAAAAAAUAAAAAAUAAAAUAAAGAGAGAGAGAGAGAGAGAGAGAGAGAGAGACAGUAGAAGACCCCAAGGUCCAUUCAAACUCUGAUGAUGGUGAAAGCAAGAAGCCCUUUUGUAGUUUUAAGAGAUUUUCAGUUCUUUCAGCAUAAUUAUUCACCUGACCGACUGUCCUUGCAGGUUUGACACUUCGGGUUUGGAGGAGGGUGGGCUUAUUGAGAGCUUGUGAGAGUUGGGGUGAGCUUCCAGCAUUACGAAUAAAUAAAAAUGGGUGCUCUUCGUAGUUGUUGCUCCUUUUCCAUUCCGCUAAUGUGAGAGUGGAAGAAUAUUUUUUUUGAUUUCUUGAAGCAGCUGUGCUCGUUUCUUUCUAGAAAUGGACGGAUGAACAGAAAGCCGGGUGGGUAAGAGAGUGAAAAGGCUCUAUGGUCAGGCAAAGGGAGAUGGCAGGCAGAGAAAGCGGUUUGGGCACGUCCUGAACAGACAACAGACGUUAAUUGUGUUGUUGAACACAAAUGCACUUCCUAGAAAGAACUGUGUUUUAGGGACUCCUGUUUCCAUCUUUGGCUUGGCACCCAAGCCUUUCAAUUCAAAGAUAAAAGAGUGCAUGUUGCUUGUCAGUCUGCAGACUUCUUUUUGCCUUAACACUACACGCCAAGGUUGGCAUUGCACUCUGUUAAGGCCAAAUUGGAAAGAAAUAGAGUUCCUUCGGGCUUGCUAGAGGUUCUCCUGGGGCAUAAAAAAACAAGAUGGAGGAACAAGGCUCAGCUGGUCCUGAAGGAAAAGAAGGCCGCGAUCCCACCCUGUCCGAGAGCAGUGAAGAAUGUUGGAAAAAAAGAGUGCAGGAGAUUUUGGAGAAAGACCCAGAGGUUCAUCGCCAGCGUUUCAGGGACUUCUGCUACCGGGAGGCGGAAGGUCCCAGAGAGAUUUGCAGUCAUCUCCACCAUCUUUCCCAGCAGUGGCUUCAACCGGAGAGACACACCAAGAGCCAGAUGCUGGAUCUGGUGAUCCUGGAGCAACUGCUGGCCAUCCUGCCGGUGGAGAUGUCCAGCUGGGUGAGGGAAUGCGGAGCAGAGAACAGCUCCCAAGCGGUGGCCCUGGCCGAAGGCUUCCUCCUGAGUCAGAUGGAGCAGAAGAAGCUGGAGGAGCAGCAACAGAUAAAUCACUUCUUUAUAAAAAUGGAUUACUAUUUCCCUGCAACAGAGGAGGUCCUGCUGGACACUGUAGUAGGAAAUCCUUUUCAAACAGGGAUCCUGCAAGAAGAUGUCAGAGGAAUCACAUUGCAAGGGGACGAAUUGAUGCUGGCAAACAGUAUAGAGCCCUCUGUUUUUCUCUGCGGUGAAAUAGAAACCGUGGUUGACCCAGAUCAGGAUCUGGCCACUAUUGAAGAGCUGGCUGUUUAUUUCACAGAGGAAGAGUGGGUUCUGUUGGAUCCUGACCAGAAAGCUCUCUAUAAGCAAAUCAUGGAAGAGAAUUUUGAAAUCGUGACUUCUCUCAGACAUGACCAAUAUAAAGUGAAAGAAAACCCGACGGGGACAAAACCAUACAUGUGUUUGGAGUGCGGAAAAAGUUUCGGUUAUAAAAUCAAUCUUACCUCUCAUCAAAGAAUUCACACAGGGGAAAAACCCUACAAAUGCCUGGAGUGUGGAAAAUGCUUCAGCCAGAGUUCCAGCCUCAUCAAGCACAAACGAAUUCACACAGGCGAGAAACCCUACGUAUGCCUCGAGUGCGGAAGGCGCUUCAGCCAGAGUUCCAGCCUCACGAAGCACAAACGAAUUCACACUGGCGAGAAACCGUACACAUGCUUAGAAUGCGGCAGGAGCUUCGGGAAGAAGAUAAAUCUCACGUCCCAUCAGAGAAUUCACACCGGGGAGAAACCCUACCAGUGCUCGGAAUGCGGGAAGACUUUUAGUCACAAAAUCAAUCUCAUUUCUCAUCGGAGAAUUCACACCGGAGAGAAACCCUAUCGAUGUCGGGAGUGCGGGAAGUGUUUUAGCCAGAAUACGGGCCUGACGAAACAUCAGAGGACACACACGGGCGAGAAGCCUUAUAAGUGCUUAGAAUGCGGGAAGACAUUUGGUCAGAAGACGAAUCUCACCACUCACCAAAGAAUUCACACAGGGGAGAAGCCGUACGUGUGUUUGGCGUGUGGGAAGAGCUUCAGUUACCGGACUGCUCUGACUUACCACGAAGGAACCCACACUGAGGGGAAGCCAUAUAAAUGCUUAGAAUGCGGAAAGAGCUUCACUCAGAAAAUUCUACUUGUGAAGCAUUACGGGACUCAUUCAGAAGAGAAAAUGUUCCCCUAUUUGGAAUGUGACAAUCCAACUACGUAUCUCGCUGCGCACCAACACAUCUUCAAAAAGCCGAAACUUCACCAGUGUCUGCAGUGCGGGAAAACUUUUAGUCGGAGCACGGGGCUCCGGAAUCACCAACUCCUCCAUGAAGGCGGGAAGGAGUGCGCUUGUUUGGUCUGUGGAAAAAGCUUUGGUCACAAGCUCAUCCUCAAUUGUCACGAAAGGAUCCACACCGGGGAGAAACCGUACAAGUGUUUGGAAUGCGGCAAAAGCUUUAAUCAUAAGAAAAACCUCUCGAGGCACCACCGAAUCCACACCGGGGAGAAACCGUACAGGUGCUCAGAAUGUGGGAAGUGUUUCAGUCAGAAAAUAGACCUCACCAAACAUCAAAGAAUUCACACCGGAGAGAAACCAUAUAAAUGCUCGGAGUGCGGGAAGAGUUUCAGCCAGCGUACCAACCUUUUCCAACAUCAGAGCAUUCACACAGGGGAAAAAUACACCUGCUUAGAAUGUGGGAAAAGUUUCAGUCAUAAGAAAAACCUGACCAGACAUCAAAAAAAUGCACACAAGGUAGAGAUAUUAUAAAUGACAGGCGAGUGUCAAUAAACGUUGGUAGGAAAGAAAAUCGCUCAUCAAUCAACUUACAUGAGGGAGAAACCCAUAUAAAUUAUUUGUUUGGAAUUCAUUCAGAUUAAAGUUUGAUUCUCAGGCAAAAGUCAGGAGGAAGCAUGCGACCACGGGAAAAAUCCCACAGCAAUUGGUAAUCUCUCAUACCACCGUUGAUUUUUAUUGCAUUUUGGUAUUGUUAAUUUUUAUUGUCUUGUUGUUCAUUCAUUUGUCCGCAUUUUUGCAAACUGUCAUUCAUGUAAGGAUAAUUGACUUCUUUGGAUAGCAGAUUCUAUACUUUCAAUAUAGACUAAGAAUACCUGGUUAUUAUCUUUGAGUCCAGAAAAAGAUCUCACUUUUCAUUUUUUCCACGACCCUGUGAUAUUCUCAUUUGUCUAUUUCCUAAACCUCUUUUUUAAUCUUGGCAACUUCAAAGAUGUAUGGACUUCAACUCACAGAAUUCCCUAGCCGGCUGGGGAAUUCUGGGAGUUGAAGUCCACCCACCUUAAAAUUGAAAACUAAAAUAUUCUGACUUUUUCUCCUCAGGAAAGUGAACUUUAAAGGAGGAAGGCGUUUGAAAAAAGGUGCUAUAGAAACCUACAAAGCAAUCAGUUUUUUAAAAAAAUUAAACUAUUAUGAAUACAUAAAGUGAAGAAUUGAGACAAUGUGCAUAGUAAGUCUUUUUAGGGUGUGUGUGUGUGUGUGUGUGUGUGUGUGUGUGUGUAACACACACAUUCCUCAGUACCUCAGUGUGUAUCUUUAGAAGAAUGUGGAAGAGAACAGAUUUAUCUCUGUCAAAUUGUCCUUCAUUGGAAAUCUAAUUUAAACUGUUGAAAAAUGUUUACAAUCAUUUUUUAGAAAAAUUGACAUUUCAAUUAAGGAAAGACAGUGUACAUAUGAAGCACAUACGCAUGUACACACAAGUAUACACAUCUACAACUUUUGACAAUAGUUGACAUGUACUACUGUAGUUUAUGGUAUUUUCAUUAGAACUGCAUUUUUUUUCUUUAUCACAUCCAUAAUCUUUCAUUACUUUCCCUCUCACUUCUGUUCUUUAGAACUUUUUGGGUCAUCUCCUUAUAAUCUUUCUAACAUGCAGCAAAAGUUUUAAUCACAGGUCAAUUUAAUUGUCACUUGUUUUAAUAUAUAUAUAUAUAUAUAUAUAUUUGUAUGGUGCUCUUUGCUAUUGUAUUUGUAUGUGAUACAGUUGGUUGUAGACCAUCCUGAUGUUCCCCAAAAGAAUGAAGGAGAACAUCUGUCAUUUUAAAUAAUAAAUAUGUUUGAGACUUUU